ACUUUGCUUUCUGGGCACAGAGACACCAGAAGUCUAUUAGAGUGUUAGUGAGGUACAGCUCUCUACAGGAAAAUGAGCUCCACCAAGAUAUGCUCUGUUUUUGCUACUGUGUUAGCGUUAUGUGUAACCAGUCUGGUUGAAGCAGGACCAGUGGGACAGGUCAGCAGCCAUCAGACAGCAGCCAAACAACAGGGGGGCGCUGUUCUUUUUUUUACUGCCCACCAGGGUCGCCUGACAGAUCUUGAGUUCAAUCCAAUCAUCUUCAACCAGGUCCUUUUAAACCAGGGCUCAGCCUACAAUAAUGUUACGGGUGUGUUCACUGCGCCGGUGGCUGGCAUCUACCAGUUUGUGUUUGCUGCUCAGCUUUGUCGAGGAUCCCACAAUAACGUAUGGCACUUCAUGGUCAAUGGGGAGAAGACGAUGGCAUGUCAUGCCCAGGUGACUGGUGGUGACACAACCCUCAACACCUGCUACUUGAUGGAGAAACUGAAGAAAGAUGACCAGGUGUGGAUAAACCAGAAUAUAGGAAGUUGUGCAUGGGGAAGCAUUGGCUCCAAAACCAUCACCUUCUCUGGUCUCCUGCUGACAAGUGAGGGUGUGUCUAUGCUGGGAGGGAAGUCUGGCUUUAGCAGCUCCUGUGUACUUCCCAGCUUGAACCAACACAGGAAGACAGCGUCCAGCUCUCCAGGGCAAUCUGCUACUUUGUCUAGCAUGGCCAUCACUCUGCUGCUCUGCUGUCUCCUCUGGGAUUAAUCAUGGAAAGUUAAUGAAAUAUGGCGAAUGUAUUAGCAAAACAAAAUGUCCAUACACAUCAAGUAGACACAGAGCUACAUCAGCAUUCAUGCUUCUUGCUACCUGAUUAAUUGAAGUUAAUAUAUAAUCUCUUUUUACCUAUUUUUUGAUUCCCGCCAAAUCCUGAAGUAUACAUCUGGUUACAUCAGCUUUAAUAUUUGGGCUUAAAAGGACCCUGAUUUCACUCUGAUUUCUUAUUUUAAUUGAAUUCUUCUGUUGCUGUGUUGAUGAUGCACAUGUGCUAUUUAAAUUUUGGGUCAAAUAAAAUCAAAUUUGAUUCAUCAUUUUAAACUCCU